AGGUUAAAUGUUAUUUUACACAAUGGGUGUGCGGGUAUUUCCACGUUCAUGUUCGCCAUGUUGACACACCGUUUCUUCUUCAGUAACAGUACAAGUGCAAAUUACUGAAAGGAGAAUAUGAGAGCUUUGCGAACCUGGGUGUUUAAAACUGAAACAUCAUAAAAUCACAACAUUCGUUUCGUCAUCUAUUUGGAUCUAAAGUUGGUCUACAUCAUAUGACAGCAGUGAUGCCGAGCCAAGCCCAAGACUAUGGAUCACUUGAGAGUGAUGGUAGAAAGCCGUUUAAGGUUUCUGUGUGUACGUCUGCUACUGCUACCAACGUGCAGGGGUUCAUCAAUGAGCUAUCCAUAAAGUUCCCUGACCUUGACCUUGAUGUCCGGCACUUCGAACUGCCGUACAACGACAUCGAUCACUUUGAAUUCAAAACCUCCGAUGUCGGUACCAUGAUACUCUGCCAUUCUAUCAACAACAGAAGGUUCGCCAUCACCGAUGUAAUGGAUGCCCUCUACGACAAGUUCUUGCCAUACUCCGCAAAGAAAUUAGGUAAAGGAAGGGUAUGCGUGAUCGCCCAUGAUUUCCCUCCAAGCAAGGGACUGGACAAACCCGAGAAGUACCAAAAGGAGAUGGAGGAUUUUAGAAGCCGGCAGGGUACAGCGUUCCAGAACUCUGCUCUCACCAUGAUGUGUGGCAAGCUUGAUGGACCGGUCGAGAUGCAACAGAGCAACUGGGAUGACUUGAAGACAUUCCUGGUGAACGCUGCGAAGACUCCCACCCCAAAAGUACCUUGGUGGAGCCUACAUAAGAGAAAGUUGGCCAUCUUGAUCGCUUUGAUUGCUAUUAUUGCUUUAGCUGUUGGUCUUGGUGUUGCGUUUGGUACAGGCUCUCCUCCAACACCUCCUCCAACAAGCACCACUCCAACACCUCCUCCAACAACCACCACUGCCACCCCUACCCCACCAGGACCAACUUCUAUGAUUCCCUCAACCAUCUCUUCAGAUACAACCACUGAGAUUCUAAAAACUUCCUCUACAGCAAACACUAUCUAAUUCUACAACCAUGACAACUGCCAUCGAAUAUCUUACAUAAUGAUUUGUGUGUAUGUGUCUGUGGGUUGUUGUGUGUGUGUUUUUUUAUCUGUACCCUUCUGGAAUUGAACCCCCCCAUCUUCAUCUCCAUUAUGGCUUCUUUGUAAUUUUUGAUAUUUUUCUAGAAAUAUCCAUAAUUUGCCAGAUUUGAACUGCAAAUGUUUUUUACGUAUAAUUCAUGCGAUUAUAAUCAACAUUUAUUGAUUUAUUGACAGUAGAAAUGAAAAAAAAAAUGAUAGUGACCUUUGUCAUAUCAUAGUGAAUGAGGCUUAAUUAAAGGCAAAAAAAGUUUUCAUUUCUUCCUCUAUUUUCAUGAAUUUGCUGUUGGUUACAACGUACAAAUUAUAGCUACCGGCAUAAAAAAUUCAUAAAUGUAUACUUGCAGUGAAAGAGCAAAGCAGUUUGAGUACAUAAUGAUAACUAUACAAUUCUGUAAAUAUUCAUAUAAUUAUUAUGAAAUGUCAAAUAUCCCUCAAUACAGGGCCGUCGGGUUCAUUACAGGUGGUACGGUAUUCACCGUACCACUUUUGUAUAAAAAAAUGUGAGGACAGAGAAAAAAUGAGAAGAAAGAUGGAGAAUGAAAGUAAAUAAAUCAAAAGAAAAAAGAAAAAAAUUCUGACAACGAAAUAAGAGAGGAAACUUGUAUCAUCGUGUUCCUAGGCAGAUGUUAGGCGGCUGACUGCAUAGGCAGAAGAAAAACAAAAUUCAGGCGAGAGAAGAAAGGAAGAAAAGUUACUAAAAUCAAGAGGGGAUGGGAAUAAUUGAAAAAGAUACAUUUUCAGGACUUCUGUUCUUGAUUACAAAACAGUGCUUGAAAUGUCUGGUCUGAAUAUAUAUAUAUAUAUAUAUAUAUAUAUAUAUAUAUAUAUAUAUAUAUAUAUAUAUACAAUUCAACUCGAACUGCGCGCUUGCAUAACUUGAUUAGUGAUUCCCCUUCAUGAAUUGCUACAGGCCUUAAAAUGUAACCUCCCGCUUCGCGCGCGCAUUCAUUGUUUUGAGAUACAGAGCCUGUGCUUAAAUGUCCAGUUUUCAGGUCCGGUCUGAAUAAUAUAACUUUUCAACACACCCUUUGCGCUCUCAUUACGUUGAUUUAAUGAAUAAGAAACGAAUCAUUUCCAUGAAUUCCGACAAACAGCCCUUAAAAUGUCUCUUUUUUUCGGGCCAGUAUAUAAAAAGUUUCAGCUCGCUUUGCGCUCGCAUUAUUGUUUGGUUAGAUGCAUACAUACCUGUCACUGCGGAUGUGUUUCAAAAAGUGCUUUAAGGGGAAGUUAAUCUUGACGAUAACUUGGUAUUGAUAAAAGAAGAAAAAUUAGAGAAAAAAUACUAGUGAAGGUUUGAUGAAAAUCAAUC